AUCUGUUUGCAACAUCAUUUUUCUUUGUGCCAAUUUAAACAACUAGCUUGAUCAGAUUUAAGGAAAUAAUCAGCGUUUCUCUCGACAUGACAUCACGUGUAGGUCCCAGAGCUGCUGGCACCAAUGGAAGUGAUUUUAAACAUAGAGAAAAGGUGGCUCCACAUUACCAAAUGAGUGCAUCCCUGAAGUCAGAGGUCCGGAAGUUAAACCUGGUCCAUUUCCUCAUCUGGCUCUUGGUGGCAGCACAGGUGACUGUCAGCCAUGUCAACCUGGUGUCACAUGACAUAGUCUCCAUGCCAUACCAAUGGGAGUACCCCUACCUCCUCAGCCUCCUCCCUCUGCUCUGUAGCAGCCUGUCACUUCCAAAGAACAAUAUCAGUUACCUGGUUAUAUCCAUGAUCAGUGCAGGGCUGUUCUCUAUUGCACCUCUUAUUUAUGGUGGAAUGGAGAUGUUUCCUGUAGCACAGCAGCUCUACCGCAAUGGAAAGGCCUAUCGCUUCAUUUUUGGCUUCUCUGCAGUGGCUGUUAUGUACCUCAUCAUGGUGGUUGCUGUUCAAGUGCAUGCCUUGCAGUUAUAUUACAUGAAAAAGCUGUUAGACUCAUGGUUCAGUGCCACUCAGGAGAAGAAGAGGAAAUAGCAGAGUGAAGACAGCUGGGACUGGGCAAAACUGUGUUUUAUCAAUAAUUCAUGAGUUAGGAGACAUAUGCUUGUCCACUUAUUUAUGCUGUGUUACCAUUUACCAUCAGUUUUUAGAAACUGGCACAACUGCAAAAUUGUAUAAGCUGUACAAUUUAUGGAAGAACUUGAUUUUAUGUUUGUUGGCCCCCAUUAUUAAUGAUUGAAUCAAGUGAGACAUCAAAUCACAUAAAUAAACACUGGAAUUCAAUUACUUUCCAACCUUUUCAUCGCUGAGUUUGAACUGCUAUUUUUGUCCAUGUACAGAAAGAGGUCACUUAGGAGCAGGACAUGGUUGUCAUCCGUAAUAAAAUGAUGCUGUUAUUUGAACAUAAUAGAUGUAGAGGUGCCUUUAAUACAAGGUGUACUUAAUACAAAAGGGAAGGCCUAUACAGUUCUGACAGUACUGUGAAAAUGUUUUUGGCACUUUAGAUGUUUGCAGUA